CCCAGAUCGGUUUUACAUCUGCAGCAAAAGGAUUGCAUGUAUGCGAGUAUGCUCAGAUAGAAUAUGUGAAUAGUCAGCAACCUUAUGGGGCUGUAAAGCUAUUCGUGAUGCGGAGACCUGGUCGGACUUGGAAGAGCUGGACUGUUGGAGCAUACAAAAGGUCGCAGAAUGAGACAGCAAAAUGCCCAAUACAUCACCAAGAGCAUAGAGACGUACAGUUCCUUUUGAAGAUAUGGCUUACAGCGACAUUCACCUGCCACUCCCUGGCUUCAUAGCCCUAGACUGGACCCUUAUGGCCUUCGCCCUCCUCCCAAUCCUGAUUCGUAUCUCCCUCCGAGCCCGUUCACGAACUCUCCACUCCCCCGCAACAAACGUGUCCGACACCUUCAUCGUCCUCUCGUGGCUAUCCGGCUGCGUCCUCAUCUGCAUCAACACCUGGAAAAACACCACACGCAUGCAGUACCUCUCCUCCCCACCACAGACACUGUACUACGGUGUCCCACCUUCUCAAUCCGGACAUCUGCUCUAUGUCUCUUGGAUCAGUCUUUUCUUCAUAUACAUCAGCCUUUGGAGCGCAAAAGCAGCCUUCUUAGCGUUUUACUAUUCCAUCUUCAGCCUGCAGGGUCGACGCAUAAGACUUGCGCUUCUGGUAGCAUGCGUGUUCACAUUCUUUACAUUUCUCCUGCACAUGGGUCUCAUAGCAUUCUGGUGCACUCCCGUAUCCGCCAACUGGUCCCCACCACCCGGUAAACCGCUAUGUUCAGCCGUACACUCUAUCAACAGCGUUACCAUCUCCACAAUCGCAAACAUCACGACCGACAUUGUCAUACUCAGCAUCCCAAUGCACGCCUUGUGGACUCGAGCGAGCAAGUUCGGCGGGACGGAACGUGCAGGCCUGCUGUUUGUGUUUGCGAUGGGGGGUGUUAGUAUACUUGCCGCGCUGGUUAGGUUCGUGUGCUUGAAGCUUGUGCAGGGUGUGCCGAAGGCGAGCAUUACGCAUACGAUUGAUGUCUGGGCUUUAGUAGAGAUUGUGAGCAGUAUCUUGGCUGUGUGCGCGCCGAGUUGUAGGGCUUUUGUGAGGAUGUGGGGGAGGAGGGAGCAGAGACAUGGGCGGUUGGGGAGUGAGGAGGCGGUGGUUGCGGAGGGAAGAUGUGAUGUAGAUGGAAGUACAACAGAGAGUCGAGGUGAUAAACUUGAGCAUGUGGGUUUGAGGAUUGAGCAGUUGGUUGCUGAAGGCAAGUGA